UAAAAAAGUCUAUAAGAAAUACUAAAUUAGGUACAAAUUUAAUAUGAUUUAAAAUGGCUACAGCAAAAUCGACAUUCAUGAACUUUGGAUUUGACAAAAUAUGUGAGAAAUAUCGGAGUAACCUUAAAGAGCACACCCAUAAACCAUUGGAACUGUUGAAUGAUUAUCAAGAUUUUGACAAAAAAAUUCGUAAAAUGAACAUGGAAUUGCUAAGUCUAAAUUCUAAAACUAUGAAGUUACCGGUUUUUAGUAGUCCACAAACUAGUGAUAAAAAAUUGAAAACAUUGCACAAAUGUAAAAAAAUAUGUAAUUCAAAACAUCAAAUGAAAGCAAAAAAUCAAUUGUGGCUUUUUAAAAAAGUUAUGAGUUUAUAUGAAAAAUUUCAUCAAAUCAUCGAGCAAUCCUGUAGUGAAUACCAUGCCCUACGUGCAAUGUCAGAAUCAUAUAAACUUCUUUUCAAUAGAGAAAGAAAAGUAAAAAAUAAAAUGCCAAACGAUUUGACGAUUCAUUCAGGCCUCAUCGAGAACAUAUCGAUCGGCGUUGGUGAAUUUUCGAUCAGACGAAAGGACAUGGGCUCGCAGGCUGAUUUUCCCAUGAUCGAACUUUCGGAUAAUUCAACCAGUUACUCCGACGCAGAAAACGAGCGGGAGACGGACUUUCAAAGAACUUUGGAACAUCUACUUCUCCACAGAGACAGUAUUAUCCUGUGA